AUGAUGUAUAAAAAGCUAUCUAGAUUAGACCAUGAAGAAAUUAAGAAGUUAUUGAAGAAUGCUGACAUUGAAGUUAGCAAAAGAUAUGCGACUAACAAAUCUUCAUUAGCUAAAUACCUCAAUGAUUACAGAGGUGUAGUCACUUACGAGAAAAUUAAUGAUUACAUUAAUAACAAAACAUUUCCUUUAAAUGACGUUGCUAUUGACUUAUAUCAUAGACGUUCAGUACCUCAUGAAGUAAGAAGAGAAAUGUAUGACAUAACAAAUGCAAACGUUGGUGAAACACGAAAGAGAGACGACACACUGAAACAACAGAGAAGAGAGAUGUUUAAAAGUGCUAUAGAACAAGUUCGCAAAGCUAACGAUGUCAUUCGUUCCAUUGACGACAAACCAAAAGAAGGUGAGAGAUGGUUAAAGAAAGAUGAAGAGAAUAGGAAGAGAAAUGUGAAGUCAGGCAAUAGACUCAUUGACUUUAACAUCGAAGCUUUAGAUGAACCAAACAGAGACUACUUACACAAACAUUUCGGUAAGGCUUUCAUGAGACUCUUAGAGAAAAUUAAAAUAAACUCACAACAGAGAUGGAUGGUAUGUUAUAAACUUGGUGGAAAGUAUGAAUGUUCUACGUUAAACCUCAAUAAUAUUGGAACAUUACUACAUCAGCUCUUGAAGGAGAACUUUAUAUCAGAGAUAGAAGCAAAUGCUGCAGGUAUUGUUGAAAUGCACUAUGACUUCUUCUUGACAAACAUAAAGAAUCUUACUGAAAUAAAGAUGUAUGAUUUAACAGAAUAUGAAGGCUUAACGAUGUCAGAU